UAGAAGACGAAGAAGAAGCAGAAAGGCGUCAUUGCGCAGGCGUACACCACGUACACCGAUGAUCAGAGCUGUCUCAGUCGGAUGCUAGCUGGCUAGCUAACGGUCUGUCAAGUCGCACACAUUGGGCUAGAAGGGGGUAGCGCAACGGUGGAGAAGAAGGGCGACUCGAGCGCCGCUACGAAAUGGCCGGACAGCAGUUCCAGUACGAUGACAGCGGCAACACCUUUUUCUAUUUCCUCACGUCCUUCGUCGGACUUAUUGUGAUCCCGGCUACAUACUACCUCUGGCCACGGGAUCAGAAUGCUGAACAACUGCGUCUGAAGAGCCUGAGGAGGGUGCACGGCAGGUGCCUGUGGUACCGGCUCAGGCUGAUGAAGUCGCAGCAGAGCAUCGUCCCGACACUAAAGAAAGGGGCCUUGUUGUUUGGCUGGGUCGUGUUCCUGUUGCUAGCCUACAAGGUGUCCAAGCUGGACCGAGAGUACCAGGAGUAUAAUCCAUAUGAAGUCCUCAACUUGGAUCCGGGUGCGUCGCUGUCGGAAAUCAAGAAGCAAUACCGUGUGCUGUCACUCAAGUUCCAUCCGGACAAGGGUGGUGAUGAGGCCACAUUCAUGAGAAUUGCCAAAGCCUACGCUGCUCUGACCAAUGAACAGUCUCGACAGAACUGGGAACAAUACGGUAACCCAGAUGGUCCAGGAGCAACCAGCUUCGGCAUUGCUCUGCCCGCUUGGAUCGUUGACCAAAAGAACUCAAUGCUGGUGCUGUUGGUGUAUGGACUAGCCUUCAUGGUCAUCCUUCCUGUGGUGGUGGGCACGUGGUGGUACCGCUCCAUCCGAUACAGCGGAGACCAGAUCCUCAUCAACACCACCCAGCUCUUCAUGCAUUUCAUGUACAAGACGCCCAACAUGAACAUGAAGCGGCUGGCGAUGGUGUUGACGGCAGCGUUCGAGUUUGACCCUCGCAGCAAUAAGGAUGCCACCAUACGACCAACAGACAACAUCGAAGUGCCACAGUUGAUCCGUGAGUUGGGGAAUAUCAAUGUGAAGAAGAAGGAGCCUCCAUUCUGCUAUCCUUACAGUUUGAAGGCCAGGGUCUUGGUGCUCGCCCACCUGGCCCGCAUGGACGUCUCCGAGGAGUUGGAGGAAGAUCAGAGGUUUGUGGUGAGGAAGAGUCCAGCUCUCCUGCAGGAAAUGGUCAAUGUGGGCUGUCAGCUUACCAUGAUGGCCAACAGCAGAGGAGGUUUCCACGCUCCUCGACUGGUAACCAUAGAGAACUGUAUGAAGCUGACCCAAAUGAUAGUGCAGGGUCUGCAGGAGUCAAAGUCGCCACUGUUGCAGCUCCCCCACUUUGAAGAGGAGCACCUCCGCUACUGUGUCUCUAAGAAGUAUAAAGUUCGGAGCCUGCAGGACCUGGUGAGUCUGAAGGACUCCGACAGACGCAGCAUGCUGCGUUUCUUAGGGGAGGAGAAGUACGAUGAGGUCCUGUCAGUGCUGGGCAGCUUCCCUCACAUCACCAUGGACACCAAACUGCAGGUCCUUGAUGAUGAAGACAGCAAUAACAUCACAGCAGGGUCUAUUGUCACAGUAACUGUCACCUUAACCAGAAAACGGAUGGUGGAGGUGUUUGAAAAGGAACAGGAUUCAGCACCGUGUCUAACAGAGGAGUCCGCUGCUACAGAGGAAGCAGGCGACGCAAGUAAAACCAAAACAAAAGUGUGGCAGAACAAGAAUAAAGCUGCAAAGAAGACAGCCAAGUCAAAGAAGAAAAAAUUAACCAAGAAGAAGGUCACUCCGGCACCUGCAAAAACCAAGCAGGCCAACGGCAACGUGGCCGGAAAUGAAGUUGUAGCAGCAUCAUCAACAGCAGCAGCAGCAGCAGCAACGACGACGACGACAGCAGUAGUAAAGGAGGAAGAGGAGGAGGCCUCGGACAAAGGCAGCGAGUCGGACGAGGGAGAAGCCACCAAGGACUCGCCCAGCGAGAGAGACGAAGACAGCGACAAGCAGAGCGACACCGAGGUGGACGAGAUGGCGGGCGGCGACGACGAGGAGGAGUGGGAGGCGUUGCAGCAAAGCAUCCAGAGGCGAGAGCGCGCCCUGCUGGAGACCAAGUCGAAGGUGACGCACCCCGUGUACAGCCUCUACUUCCCCGAGGAGAAGCACGAGUGGUGGUGGCUCUACAUCGCCGACCGCCGAGACCAGACCCUCGUCUCCAUGCCGUACCACGUCUGCACGCUGAAAGACACGGAAGAGGUGGAGCUGAAGUUUCCAGCCCCCUCAAAGACGGGCAACUACCAAUAUUCUGUCAUUCUUCGCUCUGAUUCCUACCUCGGACUGGACCAGAUAAAACCACUCAAGCUGGAGGUCCACGAGGCCAAGGCCAUGCUGGACAACCACCCACAGUGGGACAUCCCCGACACGGAGGAGGAGGACGAGGAGCAGGAGGACAGCGACGGCAUCGAGGAGAGUGAGGAGGACGACGAGGACAACGACUAACCGCAAAAAUACACACACGCUCAGCCCCCCCCCCCCCCCCCCCCCCACACACACACACCCCUCCUGAUCGACUGGCCAACCACUCACUCCUCACCCCAAUGCAGCACUCAAGAACAGCGAACGAGGAGCAGCAGAGCUGCGUCCGCCAUACACACACACACACACACACACACACACACACAUAUAUAUAAAUAUGAUAACCGGGACAGUUUAUACACACAGAGCCCUCCUUCUUCUCUUCCAUUUUCUCUUUACAUCAUGGACACUGACACACCCCCUCCCCUUUUCUACAGAGACUCGCUGGCGGUAGAGAAUCCUGUGAAUACUUACCCAGGCCCGUGGGUGUGUGAGUGGAUGGUGUGUGUGUGUGUGUGUUUGUAUGUGUUUGUAAAGGUAUGAAAGAUUGACACACUGUGGACUGGAGGACCUAAUAUUAUCUGGGCUUUUUUUUCUUUCUUCUAUGCGGUAAGGGGGGAGACGUACUAAGCUAAUUUCGUUUGCAAAAUUAACAGAAACCCACGACAUCGCUCUCGCUCCUGGUUUUUAAAGUAAAAUAGCACCAAUGUUUUUCACAAUAAUGUAAAAUUUAAAAAAAAUGCAGAGUGCGAGCUUUGGCCCCAUGUGUUGGGGGUCCCUUGAACCAUCAGGACAUAGUCGAGUCUUUUCAGGUUUUUGUUAUUUUCUUCAUUUUCUUGUUUUACAGUGACUCACUUGUCUGUUCUGCUCACCGUGUUUAAGGAGAUGUCUACAGAUGGGUGCUGACCUCCAGUCAGUUCUGUUAAUGACGCUUGUUCUGCUCCUGUGAUCUGCGUCACAUUGUGUUUUUCAGAAAGAGGCAACUGUUGGUUGAAAGCAGGUGAUAAUCAAAAUGAAUUGGCAUAUAUAAUGGAAGGGGAAAUGGCAUAACUUUGCAGUGUUCAAAUUUCUAAACUAUCCAGUCCUUUUCUUGUCCACGUAUACAACUCAAGAACUUCAGUCUUUUUAAGGGGUUCAGAUACUGAUGUAUAGAUAUCUAUCAAUUCAUUCUUGUGGCUUUUCAGAGAAGUGAUUUAUUUUUUUUUCUUCAUCCUUUUUAACAAUUGUAGCACAUUCCAGUGUAUACUCUGUCCAAAAAAAGCCUUAUGAAUACAACUGAAGUACCACAACAUGCCCACGGGUGCUAUGGUGGUUCUUGGGAGUGUGUGUGUGUGUGUGUGUCUGUGUGUGUGAGUGAGAGUGAAAGAGUGUAUUCAAAGGUCUCUUUAAAGUAAACAAUGCUCCAGUCGUGGAACACAUGGCACAGAUGUUUGCCAGGAUGUCACCUCUCAUAAGUCUGUCGGCAGUCGUGUGUGACGUGUGACCCUGUGCUAACGGGAUUGGGGUCCGAGAUCCCUGACCAAACCGACCGUGCACGAUGUGAUGAGUGGGUCCAACAAAGGAACCGGUUGAAAGCACCCGUGGGGUCAGACUACGCAUAUCCUGUCCAGUCCCGUUUUUCUGCAGUCAUUAAAGCAGAACAGGCUUCAUUUUGUAAUUACUACUGCCAUUUUCAGAUGGAAAGGCUUUUUUUCCUCUUUUUUUUUUUUUUUUUUUUUAUAA